ACAUUAUUGUUAAAUAAAUAUAAAUUUAUCACUCUUUCGUGAAUUCCCAUAUCUCAGUUGCUGAUCCUUGUUCACCCAUUGUGGAUUCUAUCAAUCUCGCGUUAAGCUUUAUAUUCUUUAAAAGCUCCCAGAAAUCUGCUUCUCCGUAAUCUCUGUAUUUGUAUCCCAGUAUGAAUUUGGCAGAGCUGUUUACCUGGAACAGCGUAUCCAACGUUGAUAGUAACAUUGGGAAUGAAGACGUGUUAUACGCGACAUCAGCCGCAAUAAUAACAUCAAAAUGUUCCUUUUCGAGUGGACUUUGAGAACCCCAAGCUAAUUCCCUAACAAAGACGUCAUUUUUGUUGAACAAGCGGGAGUUCCUGUCUACAUUCUGCUUUAAGAGGGGUAAAGCGGGUGCCAAAUCAGUAGCUACGAUUGUGUGUUUGUGUGGUGUCUUUUCCAAAAGAGCUGCCAGAGUAAUUGAUAAAAUGCCUGUCCCAGUACCGAGUUCCAUUAUCCGUAAGGGCUUUGAAGAGCCUCCGAAGAAAUUGUACUUUUCGGAUGAAAUUUUUUCUGUGAGUAUGGCAGACAUGGCCAAACCGGAGUCCCAAAGUUUUUUAUCCAAAUCGUAUGAAGUAUCUUCGAGAAUGUGAAUCAGUGACUUCUCGAACAUAAAUGAGCGCUGUAUACGAGAAUGUUUAUCUGAGUGUGGUACAUUUGUCGCCAUAGUUAUCGGUAAGCUCGUAACAGGGAUUGGCGUCUUGCAAUCAGGACUGUGUGCUUUCAAAUCUGACAAAAGUGGUCUAGUGGAACUGCCGCGUGCCCAGACUAACAAGCUGACCUUAUCUCCUGGUCGUAUGCCCAUACUAGAGAGUCCCUCUAUCUCUAUCAACUUGUAGGAAUCUUUGUUAGAUUUGUAAGUCAAGAUACUAGGUAAUUUGAUAGGCUUUGAUGGUCUAUUUUGUAUUAAUAAAGCAGCAUCUAUAGUCAAACCAGUUUGAUUGUCAUAGUAUCUAUAUAGCUCAGAUAUCGUAUACUAUGAAUAGAGUACCCACUCUGUCCUAAGAUCGUUGGUUAUCUGUACAGAGAAAAUCAACUUGUGCGAUAAAUUGACAGAUUUGUUAGGCAGUCUCAAGAAACUCAAAUAAUAGAGCAUCCUUUUCCUGAACUACCAAUGAACGUAAUAGAAGCAGUCAAUAACUACAUAAACAAGCUGGUGAAUGAAGUGAAAGGGAUGAAGGUGCUCUUAUUAGACGAUAGCACGACAAGCUACCUCUCAGCUGUAACUACCCAAACCCAGUUACUUUCUUCAGAAGUCUAUCUCACUGAUAGAGUAGAGAACUUGAAUAGAGAGCGAAUAAGCCACUUGAAAUGUAUCGUAUACCUCAGUCCAACUGCUAAUUCCAUAAAAUACCUUUCGAGCGAACUCAGUAACCCAAAAUAUCAAGAAUACUUUCUGUACUUCUCGAACACUCUCACGAAACAACAAAUCGAGCAAUUAGCAGAGUCUGAUCAGUAUAGUGUCGUUAGAGAAUGUCAGGAAUUGUUUGCUGACUAUUUAGCUUUGCUUCCUAAUCUCUUUAGUUUGGGAUUUCAACCAACAAAAGACAAUUUAUGGUCAGACACACCAAAUACUUGGAAUAGAGAUUGUUUGGAUAGUACUACGAAAUCGUUAUCAGCUCUGUUGUUAUCCCUCAAACGUAAACCUUUCAUCAGAUACGAAAAGAUGUCAGAUUUAGCCAAAACGCUCGCUGAAUCAGUUAGCACAACUAUUGACACGGAAUCACAGCUGUUCGAUUUUAGGUUGACACAAUCUCAACCAGUUUUGUUGAUCUGCGAUAGAAGAAAUGAUCCCGUUACUCCUCUCCUUACACAAUGGACAUAUCAAGCCAUGGUGCAUGACUUAAUAGGCCUUGAUAAUGGUAAAGUUGAUUUAUCACAGGCUCCCAAUAUACAACCACAACAAAAACAACUCAUUUUGUCUGUAACGAACGACAACGAUAGCUUCUAUACGAACAACUUGUUUGCAAAUUUCGGUGAUUUGGGUGCAAACGUCAAACAAUACGUGUCCGAAUACCAAACUGCUACAACUGGAAAAGGAACAACGGCAGAUAAUAUCCAGACUAUAUCUGACAUGAAGAAAUUUAUUGAAAGCUAUCCCGAGAUGAGGAAGUUAGGAAGCAAUGUCAGCAAGCAUGUAUCAUUGAUAGGAGAACUAUCUCGGUUGGUAGACGAGAAGAAGCUCCUACAGGUUAGUGAACUCGAGCAAAGUUUGGCUAGUAACGAAAGCCAUUCGUCUGAUUUAAGGGCAGUCCGAGAGAUGAUCGAUAGUCCAGAUAUACCCCAGGAAAGCAAAGUUAGAAUAGCAAUCCUUUAUGCAUUACGUUAUCAGAAGCUAGCAUCUAAUGCUAUAACAGCUGUAGUCGGUCAGCUCCUUCAACAAGGAGUACCUCAACAUCGUGUCGCGCUUAUCUACGUCAUGCUCAACUUGGCAGGCGCUGACAAACGUCAGGAUGACCUAUUCAUGAAUGAUAACUUCUUCAGUCGAGGAAGGUCCGCAUUGAAGGGUCUUCAAGGUGUUGAGAACGUGUACACGCAACACACACCACAUUUAUCAGAAACAGUCGAUCUCCUCCUCAAAGGAAGACUUCGUGAAGGGAGCUAUCCAGGUGUGAACGCUGAUGGCGGCUCACUAAACCAGCGUCCACAGGAGGUUAUAGUAUUUAUGAUCGGAGGUACGACCUACGAAGAAGCUAGGAGUAUGGCUCUUCUAAAUGAAACUAUGGCGCGCGAGGGUUCACCCACCAGGGUCCUUCUAGGUGGGCAUACUGUACUAAACAGCACACAAUUUUUAGAUAUGUUAGCUGAAGCAGCAACACAUUUCCCACCUAGUGUCUAUAGUGCACCACCAUCUUCGCAGAAUCAGAAUCAACUAUUCGCUGUCUCAGAAAUGGACCAGAUGCUUGACCCAGAGCGUAUGGCAUCAGCUGCUAAAUCCUGGAUGCAGAGGGUACGCGAAGAUAUUGAAGACAGGAUAAUGAUAUAAUGAAAAUUAUUAAUGAUAUACAUAGCUAUUCGUACGAAAAAUCAUUUGAAUGCCGC